GUUGACUGUAGUUUUUGCGCACAUCACAGAGUCCCUACGGGCUAAUGUCCAGGCACGAUGGACUACUUCUCCAAGUUCCUCCGCGCAACGCCCCAAGCCUCGCCAAAGCCCGUUCAAGACCACGCAGAUGAAUUUAGCAGAUCCUGGAAUGUCAUCAAGACAAUACUCGAGCACCCAGACGAGCGGCAGCUCACCAAGGGCAUCAAGUCUACCGAUGCCCCAGCCCACUUGCAAUUGAUGGUCGACGCCCUGGUCAGGGAAUCGGCCCAUAACGAAGAAGGCGCAACUGGUGCCUGCUUAGAAUUUCUGCUCAAGAAUGAUGUCUUGGGCACACUCGUGCGCCUUGCAGAACCCGACAGACCCUCUGGAAUCCAGGCCGAGGUGCUCCGUGCAGUGCAGAACAUGGUUGUUCUCAUGGAUGAGCAAUUCCUCGUGCACUCCGCUGUGCAUCGCGCUGUCCUGCGCCUCCUGCGUAACUGUGCCGGAGACGACAUCCAAGAGCAGCUAGACGGUCGGAACAGGAUUAUGGGAGCUGCUAAAAAUGCUGUACGGAGCCAGCCGUCUGAUUAUGAGCUUGAUCUGUUGAACUUACUGUGUAUUUUGUGCAGCCGCAUACGCACGUAUCGCGAACUGUUGAUGAUCUUCUUCCAUGAUAAGCACUGGUACCACUCAGAACCGCUUUUCUCCGUUGAAGAAGAGGAUGAGGAUGAGGACGAGGACGAGGAUGAGGGCAAGAACGAUGAGGAGGAGACAAGGGAGCGUGCAUCACCAACACCUUCACAGGUCACAAUAACGUCUGCUCCUGCAUCUCAGGCUGCCCAUUCUCACAAGACAGAAUACGAGUUCCUCCUCUUCAACUAUCUACUCCGAUUCGUUCACCGCGAAGGGCAAAUUGGCGAUUUUGCACGCACAGGCUUGCUCUUCCUCAUGGAUGUUGCAAUGUCCCCUGGGGAACCGAUACAUAGAUUAGCGGGGGAUGAACAGGAGUCAGCUCCAGCAUCUGGAUCAGAGACCGCAGCUGGAGAUCCGAUUACAGAUGCAGCACUCGCCUUGGCGGAGUAUAUCGUCGAUGGUGAUUUUUCAGACGUUCUUGGGGCGGGUCUGGGCGCAGUAUACUCUUUGCUUCCAUCGAAAUUGGAAAUCAAGUCACCGACUCGGGCUGAUCCCUUGCAUGGCAGUGGCAUGGUGCUAGGUAGCACUGGAUCAGACACUGAAGAUGAGACAGAGCAUGCUGAAUUAGUGGUGGAGAAUAACCGUGUCUCAGGUGUCGAGGACUCUUUUAACCCAGACUUCAAAUCUCGCCUCGACCACUUCCUCAAGUUGCUAGAAUUUCUGCAGGACAUUUUCCGCAGAAACAAUGUCCAUGAUUCCCCCGAGUCCAACCUCGAUGCGUCUGCGUUGGUAGGCACUUCCAUUGUGCACUCUAUACUGGAUGCCGUGCGUCGCAGCUUCCUUGAGAACAUACUCUACCCAUCCGUUCUUGAGUGUUCCGAUCUCGACGGUAGCGCUGUUGCUGUGAUGUCUUAUAUCGACAUCGUAAUUCGUACUCUCGAACCAGGUCAGCUUUCCGACCUCUUCAUCGAAUUCCUCAUGAGUGAGGAUAACGAUGACGCCUCCCGUUUCCGACCACACCCUCGCAUGCUCAAUCUCAGCAGUGCUCCACCUCGCGCUACUGACCGCUCAACAAAGCUCCGCCGGCGCAAGAGUAGCGCGAUGGUUCUGCUUGAGAUGGAGGCUCCUGAAUCGCAGAAACAAUCGGAAUACUUCACCUCAAUGGGGCGAUUCACGUUGAAAGACUUGCUACUCACGAAUCUGCGCUCGAAGAAUCAGGCAACAGUCGCAUCUGCUCUGCAGUUAUUGCAGUCGAUGCUGAGCCAGAGAUGUCACGUUUCGACCAGCGGUCUGUUCCUCGUCUUCUAUGAUGCAAAUGCGACGAGCUAUCCUGAGCCUGCUAUGAUUUUCCCGGACAUCACACAGACAGCUGGAGAGGAUAGCGACGAAGAAUUUGUUUACCCCGGUGCAGAGGAUACCAAACCCUCUGCAAGGCCACGAUUGCCGCCCUUGCCCACAUUCGUCCAGCCAGAUAUAACGUUCUCCACGCACGAGCGUGAGAUGGGACUCUACCUCACACUGGUCUCCCGUGUUGACCCCUCACAUAACGAUGAUGCAUUCAGCACUGGCUAUGACCACUAUCUUCGCGACGCAAUGUCGUCCAUCCAGAACCAUAGCUGUUUCCACAUCCAUGAUGACGAAGACGUGGACACACGUUCAAAGUUCAAGCAUCGGCUCAAUGUCAAUGACCCCAUUCUCUCGCUCAUCCUCGAGUCUAUGCGUACAUUCUUCUCGAACUCGCCAAAGAUGAACAUUUCGCUCACGGGCGUGCUUGCAGAGUUAGCUGUCUGUCCUAACCGCUCUAUCGCGGGAUGGCUUACAUGUGCAGUGUCAGAAACUCUCGCUUCAUUCUCGGAUCCCUAUCUUGAUGCAGAUGAUGGCCGAGAUGAUAGAUCCAUAGACUCUGUGAUCGAUGAGAAGUUUGCAACAGAAACCAACAUACUCCCCGCCAUCAGGCUCGAUGAACAUAGCCGCCCUGUCGUACACACUAUCUUCCAAGGACUCGUCGGCCAGCUGGAACGCUACAGGCAAUCAGUCGAAAAUUUCGACCAAUAUCUUCUUGAAAGGCGACAGGGUCUUUUGUUCUCUGAAAAUCUGACAGAUGCACUCACUCUCUCACUUGAACCGGUUCAAGAUGCCUUAUCGCAGUCAGGUUCUUGGGAUGUCGUUCAGGCUCCUGAAACGCCUCCUCAACGCCCGAAGCCGAAGCCGAAGACCUCGGCUCUCGUAUCUUUCCUGACCCCAAGAAAAAGCAAAGCCGCUCCGUCCAAGGCGCCUUCUGAACCCACAACACCCCCGGGGUCGGGCGGCAAAAACGUCGCUGCAAGUCCAUUUGCUCCUCAUUAUCAGCGCACGCGAGAUAUUGUCGUUGAACCUUUCGUGGCUCCCGUUCCCCACUUGAGUCCUUGGACAUCAGCCCAGCCAUCAAAGUGGAAUGCGGAUGAAGAUGAUAUUUUCAGUGCAGGAAGUCAAUGGGGCGGGCACACAGCUACUCGAUCAGAGGGAGAGGACUUACAUGGAGGGAAGGCAACGCAGGUCACAUUGUCGCAACUGCUGGACAAUGUUGUUAUUUUAGAGGAGUGCAUCAAGGAGCUGGUGGCCAUUAUUCACGCUCGUCGUAGUUUAGGAAUUGAUCUAGUAAGAUACGUGUGAGCUUCACUAAUAAUCUCAUUAUCAUUUGUGGAGGUUGGAAUCCAAAAAAA